AUGUCUCUUUUAUACAAAAAAUCUAUGUUGGCUUUGGAUAAGGUGGUUCCCCCAAAACUGCAGCCUCUGUGGAUGCAUCCUGCAGGUCCCAAAACCAUAUUCUUCUGGGCACCAAUGUUCAAAUGGGGAUUGGUGAUAGCAGGAAUAGCAGACUUGCAAAGACCUGCUGACAAUAUCAGCCCUGGUCAAUGUGGAGCCCUGCUGGCAACAGGAGUGAUUUGGUCCAGGUAUUCCCUGGUCAUAACACCCAAAAAUUAUUCACUUCUCAGUGUUAAUGUAUUUGUAGCUCUAACUCAAUGUUACCAAAUGUACAGGGCUCUGGAUUAUCAGUUUCGAGUGAAACCAGCCCAAUCAGCAGUAUAA